AUGUCUCGUAAUUAUUACUUCUUUGACAAGGUCAACUACAAGCUAGAAGAGAAGCUUUCGAUACUAGAGCUCGAAGACGGCGACAAGGAAGAAGAGAAGGCGUCAUUACUCAAGCUCGAGAGCACUUGCAAGGUGGAAGACAAUCCUUCGUCACUGGACCAAAAGAAUCUCGCCCACGAUUCUCAUCUGGAGCAAACCUUUGCGGAGUACAAUGCGCAAGUAAACCACGACGUCCUUGCACGACUUGACCAGCGCGCCGGAGAGAUCAUCGACCAGCUUAAAGACCUCACGGACGCGCUGAACUUUAUGGGAUACGACGAAGUUCUAGGCAUAUAUCCUAAUGAUGCCAAUGAAAACAAAGAAGUCCAGCAGCUCGUCUCUAGGAGGGAUCUCUUGGGAGACGAGAUGAACCGCAUCACUGCUCACAUUCUGGCAAGAAAAGAUAAAGAUAUAGGCCAGUAUCCUUCGUUACACUCAUUUGCUCAGUUACAGGAGGAACAUCGCCAGUUGGUAUAUCGAGGCUGGUAG